AUGGCCUCUGCAAAAAGUAGCGGUGAAAGUCCGAGUGCCCACUUUGCUGGCCAGUUCGGUCCUGCGUACAUGGCAGCUGAACAACUGUACCUUACCUCAGUAACGGAAGCUGUGAACACAUCAGCUUCACAAGCAACAACAUUUCAACUGCCAGUGCUGACAACAACUGCAAUCAGAGCUACAAAUGAAUCCAUCACAAGCAACUUCACGUCUUCUUCACCUAGUACUACACAACAAGUAACACAAGGUACAACGACACAGCCAUCAAUAAAAGUGACCACUACAGCAGCAAAUAAAACUGGCUACACAACAACCACUACACAAACAAAUGGAACACAAUUGGCACAAAAUGAGAGUUUGGAUGCUUCAUCUACUAAAGCAUCAUCAUUUUCUUCUACAGUCUCUCUACAAAAAACCACUUCUGCUCUUGGAACCACAAGUCUUCACAUGACCUCUCCAACAGAAUCGACAACUUUUGGUGGUUCUGGAAACAAGGAAGUGCCAGUGAAUGCUGUCCACUAUUCCAGCGUUAUCUUGCCAAUUGUCAUCACCUUGAUAGUCAUUACCCUUUCUGUCUUCUCACUGGUGGCUUUGUACAGAAUGUGUCAGAAGAAAACACCAGAGAGACAAGAGAACGGCACUGAACAGGCCCAAUCAGAUAAAGAAGGAGUCAAACUUCUUUCUGUGAAGACCACUUCUCCUGAGACUGGAGAGCACUCAUCUCAGGGGAAGAAUAAAGCUCGGCAACUCUUCACACCUCAGCAAUAA